AUGGCGCCCCUCCCGCAUCCUGUGCUAUCAUGGUAUUCAGGAAUAAGCGCGAAAUACCUCGAUCUCAUUGGUGAUUUGGGCGUCGAGCGCUACUUCAUCGAAGGCGAUUCAUUGCUCUUGGAGUGCUUCAGCAAUCAGCAGCUAGACUUCAACCCUGGCUUCCAGAUCCUUCACGCUGUCUGGCUUGUCGAAAAAUAUCUGUCCAACCUCAUCCGACGUAAUGACAAUGUCCACAUCAUAUUCUUCGACCGCCAUGCCGACUACUGUGUUCCUCCAAAUGUUCGCAAUCCGACGAAAUAUCUCCUAGCACGGUCGGUCCUAAUCCAACAUCUCAAAAGCCACGCACAACAAAUCAAAGUCCUCUGCUUUCCGCACCUCGAGAGUCAUGGCUUCGAAGAAUAUCUAUUACAGACUGGGUGCUACUUUGCCAUGUGCUCCGACGGAGCUUCUUACGCGUACUCGAAAGCCAAUAGCGCUCAGCUGGCUGAACACGAGUUCUCCUCGCAUGCUUCCGAUCACGAAUUGAAGCGUCAAGCUGGUCUGCGGAGCAUAAUUCUCAGCUUGAGCCUCAAGAAGGUCGAUGUUGCACUACUCAAUGGCCUGACAUGGCAAGACAGCAAGAUCUUCGCGUUCGUCAUCGAGCGGCGCCCAGCAAGCCCAGCGGCGAUCGCUUCUGCGCUGACGGUACCUGCAAAGCCUGAUGCUACGGCUGGAGAGGCUGUCGUUGGCAUGUCCGUUGCGGAUGACUUAGUAUCGAGACCCCUACGAAUGCGCUUGAUUCUUGCGGCGAUCGCUUCUUCCGGCAAAGCACUCUAUCGAUCCCCAUACCUCCUGCCAACGCUCAUCCAUGCGGCAUACCUCGAUAUCCUGCCAAUCACUGCUCGUCGCUAUGCGGGUCUGGAGUUCAGACAGGAUGAAGAGGACAGCGUCGACGAGUACCUGACACAGCUAAUUGCGGCGAUUCGGCAGCAGCUCGCUUCAGAGAGCUUCAAAGUCGAUGCUACCGUUGUCGAUCUUCUGGAUGGACGAUUGUUUCGCACGAUUCUCUGCAAUCCCGGUGGCGCUCUGGCUGGCUUGCCUUCCGACCGAGCAGAAGAUGUCAAGCACCUUCUCGUACGACUCGGAAGCCCCCUGGCCCAAAUCUCGACAAAGGGCAAAUUUCCGUUGAAGCGGAGCUCUGACGAGCAUCCUUCUAUCGACUCUCGAGUACUCCCAUUCUCCCAUCCUGCCUUUGAUGCUCAUCUGGCGCCGAUACACGUCGAGACAGAUGUCGACAAGGUAGUUUAUAGCGGCAAGCUCUCUCUCGAACUGACCCACUGGCACUCGUCAAAGAAGAAGCUUGUCCAACAUGAUCUGAAGCCCGCAGAUCCUUGGCUGGACAGAAAGAUUAGACGACAAGAACAACGUGCUAUGGCCCAGCUGACAGAUUACGCUGCUUCUUUGACCGGAGGGCCUCUCAAUGCGCAGUCGAAGAAAGCCGGCAAGAAAUCAUCGGCUCAGGAGGCGAAGCCAAAGUCUGCGAAGGCACUCGCUAUCAUUGAUCGCAACAAAGAUCGCCUAGCUUCCCAGAAAGCUUCCAAAGACACGAAGAAGCCGACCAAAGCUACGACACGUGCGAGGCAGCGAUCCAUUAGCGACGUGCUGAGAUACGACGGUCCCAGUCUGGAUAGGAGCAUGGACGCACGAGACGAUCCUCGCGUGCCGUUCAAGCCCGAUGGCUGGCAAAUCAAGGUUCUCGAUGAACUAGAUGCGGGUCAUUCCUUGCUCGUGGUUGCACCAACAAGCUCCGGAAAGACGUACAUUGCUUUCUAUGCAAUGGAGAAGGUCCUUCGCGCAAGUGACGACGAUGUUUUGAUCUAUGUGGCGCCCACCAAAGCUUUGGUCAACCAGAUUGCGGCUGAAGUCAAGGCCAAGUACAAGAAGAACUAUUACCCAGGCUCUGGAAAAUCAUGCGUGUCGAUCUACACCCGUGACACUCGAGUCAACAAGCCUACCAAAGCCCAGAUCCUCGUCACUGUGCCACAUAUGUUGUCGGUCUUGAUGAUGUCUCCAGCGAAUAAAGAUUGGGUGCCUCGUAUCAAAAGCAUAAUCUUCGACGAAGUGCACAGCAUCUCACAGGCAGAGGACGGACUUGUCUGGGAGCAGCUAAUCAUGUCAGCGCCUUGUCAGAUCAUUGCGCUUUCGGCAACCGUCGGAAAUGUUUCAGACUUCAGCAAGUGGCUCUCAUUCGCACGAACUGGUAGUGGUCCGCCUCUCACUCUGGUCGAACACGAUCAGCGCUACUCAGACCUUCGCAAGUACAUCUUCCGAACGGAAGUGGAUAGCGUUGACCUGAGAAAUGGUAUCCCAGAGCUUCCCAAGCAUGCUUCCCUCGGCUUGGAGAACGUCCAGAGUAUGCAGAAUGUGCAUCCAAUGGCAUGCAUAAUCCGGCCAGAGCGAGGUCUUCCUCCAGAUCUUACUCUCGAAAGCCGAGACUGUUUGUCUUUGUGGGAAACCAUGAAGGAGCAUAAGGCUGUUGGAUUCGAUGUUCCGCAUCACCUGAGUCCUCCUAGCUUCUUCCCGGCUUCCGGUGUUGUGAAGGCCGACGCUGUCCGAUGGGGUGCCGCAUUGAAGGAAGCGUUCGCUGGCUGGAUGGCCAACGCCGAGUCGCCGGCCAAAGCUGUGCUAGAUAUGCUGAGCUCCAACAUCCACCAGGACCAGGACGUCGAAGAAGAACAAAUGGAGGACACAGCUGCAGACGCUCCUACAGCUGCAGACGCUCCUCGCACAAACGAAUGGAGCCUUCCGGCGAUCUUAUUUAACUACAACCGCAAGGAAUGCGAAGACAUGACGCGAGAUCUACUUGAUCAGCUCGAAGCAGCGGAAGACCAGUUCAAGUCGGUCAACUCCGAGUGGAAGGCGAAGAUGGCAAAGUAUCAGAAAAUCCAGCAAGCUCGCAACAGCCGCACAGCUUCCAAUGCAGUUACCGCCAAGUCCAAGGACAAGAAGGGAGACUCUGGAAAGCUAAGCAAAAUGGAACGCGAGCAUGCAGACUUUGAUGCACGAGAGGCGGCUACGAUGCACUUUGAUCCGGAUAAGCCUCUCGAUCAAUUCUCCUUUGCCGACAUCAAGAAAUCCGAUAGUGAACUCUUCAAGACCUCCAUUGAGCACUUCGGACGGGUGAAAAUUCCAGAGUAUCUCAUAUCUGCCUUCAACCAGGGCAUCGGUGUCCACCAUUCAGGCAUGGACAAGUAUUAUCGGCAAGCCGUCGAAAUGUUCUUCCGGAGAGGUUUCCUUACCGUCGUCAUCGCCACUGGUACACUGAGUCUGGGUAUAAAUAUGCCCACCAGAACUGUCGUAUUCGCCGGAGACUCGGUCUAUCUCAACGCACUCAACUACAGACAGGCCAGCGGUCGAGCAGGUCGUCGUGGGUUCGAUCUGCUGGGCAAUGUUGUAUUCCACAACAUGCCCACGGAACGUACUCUUCGUCUGAUGAGCUCGCGGCUGCCUGCGAUCCUGGGCCACUUUCCAAUCCCAACGCUCUUCGCUCUACGACUUUUCACUCUCCUGCAUGGCACUGAGAACGCACCGUAUGCCAUGUCGAUGGUAGAUUGUCUCCUGUCGCGGGCUCAACUGUAUCUAGAAAGCGAGGAAUUCAAGACCUCUGUGCGACACCACGUCCGGUUUUCAAUCGAGUAUUUGAGAUCUCAAGGCCUCAUCAAUGCCAAAGGACACCCGAUCAACUUUGCGUCUUGCGUUUCGCAUCUCUACUACGCCGAGAAAGGCGCACUUGCUUUCCACUCGUUGUUGAAGGAGGGCUACUUCACGAAGCUUUGUGAAGAGUACAAUACCGGCAGUGCAGAGAUGGUCCUUCGGAAGCUCAUGCUUGUUCUGGCAAAUCUAUUUGGUCGACGACCCAUGCGACAGGUCGAGCGGGAGGAUGAGAAAGAGAGAGUGGAGAAAUCUGUGACUGUCGUCUUUCUUAAGCCUCUUCCUGAGGAAGCCCAAGCAAUUCUUGUCACACAAAACGAGCAGGUAUUGGAAACCUACACUUCGUACGUUUCGACUUUCGUCGAGCAGAACUGCAAAGAUGCCGACGAUCGACUACCGCUGUCCAAGGUCCAGGUCAAGCCAUCUAUGGAGACUGAGAAAGGUGCUGCUGCGCUACAGGGCCAGUGGCCUUCCAACAAAAUGAGAUCGGCAUUCGUGUCACUGUCAGGCCAUUCCGACAACUUCGCAUCGAUCGACGACUUGUGCAACGGAGUGCGAGAAGGCGUCUUUUUGGAGAAGGCUGUCAUACCGAAUCUGGAUCUUGUUUCCAACAGAACCCAUCUGAACGCAUAUUUGUACGAUUUCUACAUCCAUGGAAGUGUCAAAGCUCUCGCUGAUGCGAAUCGUGUUCCGCGAGGAGAUGUAUGGUACCUAUUGAACGACUUCAGCAUGACUCUAGCCACAAUCAUCACCAGUUUGGAGAACUUUAUUGACCCGAAGGCUCUCUUAGACAGCGAGGAAAACAUUGAAGCAAUGGACUUAGAUGAGGAUAGCGAAUAUGAGGAGGCGGACGACGGAGACGGUGUUCCCUCGCACAAGUACGACGGCCAAAAUGACACCUCCGACUCUGACGAAGUUAAGGACUUUGAAAAGGACAUGCGCCACGUUCACCGUAUGUUCAAGGCUCUGCAGGAGGAGUUCGAGACGAGGUUCAGAAAGAUGUGGGCCUGA